AUAUUUUUAAUGUAUAAAUUCGAUUUUUUUAAAAAUAUUUUAAAUCUAAAUAGUAAAUUAUUCAUUCAACUUUUUAUUCUUUUCUGUUGUACAAAUGUGAUUAAAAGUUAUAAAAUAGUUAGAAGCUCACUUGAUGCGAAUUGGACACAAACAUCGUUUUUAGCAGAAACUAGCGAAUUUGUUGCAAAUACAAUUUCUAACGGGAAUUUGUUUUGGAAUUUUGUGGAGGAAUGUUUGGAUGAAAAAUAUUUAAAUAUGGAAUUAAAUAAUUAUCAACAAGAAUUUAAUUUGGCACUUAAAAUUGCUGAAAAUCUUUUGCCUGAUGGGCAGUCUGGAAUUUCUCUUCUUCGGUUAUCUUUGUCUUUAAGGCUUUAUUCUGCGCGUAUUCAAUUACAUAGACAAAUUGCUAAUGGUCUCUUACCAAAAUUAAAAGAAAAAGAAUGUUCAGAUGACAGCCCCUUUUAUGAAAUACAUGGAAUUGUUAGUUGUAAAUAUUCGGAAAUUGAUAAAUUACUUGAAAAGGCAAAUGAAAGAGAAUCCAGCCCAAUCUAUGCUAUUGAUCAUAUUUAUCCAAUUAAUUUACCUGAAGCAAAUACUUCUCUUAUUGUUUUGUAUGCUAAUAUUGCUCGACCAAAACUUUUCCAUCAAUUUCAUAAAGAAUUUGUUAAAAUGUCUAAUAAAGGAUUAAUUAAAUAUGUUUUUAGACAUUUUGAUAAAAAGGCUAUUUCAACCCCUCUGGUUUCUUUAUCUGGUUAUGGAGUUGAGUUGGCUGUUAAAAGUACUGAAUAUAAAGCUUUAGAUGAUUUGGCUUUGGUAAAUAAUGAAAAAGAAAAUAAUGGAGAACAAUCUGAUUUAAAUGAUUUAGAAAUUUUAACGCCUUUGGAGAAGGACGAACUUGAAGAUAUUGGAUUUCAGGCAGCCCAACAUAUAAUGAAUAAUUCGCCUGAAAAUGUUAUUUCUUCACUUAUAGAUUUAUCGCAAAAUUUCCCUUAUAAAUCAAGAUCGUUAACAAAAAUCAAAGUCAGUCAAUCAUUUCGUGAAGAAAUUUUAUUUAACCAACAUCAUUGGAAUAAAGAAUUAGAACUUUCUGAAGGAGAAUCUGCUCUGUGGAUAAAUGGAAUUAAUAUUGGACAUGAUCUUGAUUCUAUCGAUUUAUUUCAUCUUUUUGAAACAUUGAGACAAGAACACUUACUUGCUAAUUAUUUUAAACAAAUUGGAUAUAAACGUGAAUAUUUAAAUAUUUUACAAACAAUUGAUUUGUCAGAAGAUAAGUCAAAUACUUGGGCUUUGGAUUUUAGAGAUGGUGAUCCUCAUUGGAUAAAUGUUUGUAUAUUUUUUUGUUCUUUUCUUGAUAAUUUAUUAUAUUUUUUUAAAUAUAAGCUAAAAAAUUAUGAGCGAGACUUCAAUUCACCCCAUUUUUAUUUCUGCUGA